AUGCACCGAAGGCUAUUUACAUUGCUGCCUUGGUACAGUUUUCCAAAAAUGUUUUAAUUUCCUCAAAAUUACCAAAAGUGAGGUACCACAUCCAUUGAACUUCAUACCUUCCUGAAAACACUAAAUGUACAUGAUCAACGCUACGCAGGUUGUGCUGGACAACGGCACGGUUCAAAUUAUCAUAACCAAGCCUGGAGGAAACGUUGCAGGAGUCAAGUAUGGGGGAAUGGACAAUGUCUUGGACGCUUCAUAUAAAGAUUCUUCUCGGGGGUACUGGGACAUGAACUGGAAUGUUGCCAGUGGAUCAGAUACUUAUGAUUUGUUUGUUCUGCUUCGUGGAAAUUCAGGUUUCUAUACGUACUCAAUCUACACCCGCCCGACCGGAUGGCCUGACUUUGACCUCAAUCAACUCAGAAUUGUAUUCAAGCGUCGCAGUGACAAUUUCCAAUACAUGGCAGUUGCAGAUAACAAGCUCAGGCUCAUGCCAUCGCAUAAUGAUCUCACAGAUGCUCGAAGUCAACAGCUAGGUUACAAGGAAGCCAGACUUCUCACCAAUCCCAUUGAAUCCUCUUUGAAAGGACAGGUAGUGCGUUUCUCCGUUUCUACAUGUUCUUUUCAGCACUAGUUCCUUAUAUAUGGUUCACAGUUUAUCAAAUUUUGAGCCAAAAUGUCAUCUCCAUUGUGGUAACCCAC